AUGACAGCGACUUUUCUUCUAGGCUCAUCACAUCAUAAUCAUAGAUACAUCACGCUGUGUACCAUUCAGUCAAAGCGGAAACCUGAAAGGGAGGCACAUGAGCGUCCAUGA